GUGGACUUUGCCAGUCCUGCUACGCGCCAGGCCGGAUCCUAACCAGGCUCUCGCGCAGCCACCAGCCGGGCCUUCGGCGGCCUCUCCUGACUCCGCGCGCCAGACCAGACGCGGGGGACAGAAGAGGCGGCCUUUCCAGGGCAGGGAUUAGGGGGCAGGAUUGACGCGGAUCCUUGGUUUUCCCAGGCUUCAACCACCUAAGGCGGGGCUUGCCGCUUGGAAUCCGAGAAUGAAUUACACACGGUUCAUCACGGCUACGAGCGCGGCCAGAAAGCCUUCCGCCCUUCGAGUCAUGGCUGAGAUAUUGGGCAAGUCAUCGAAAUCUGUCCUCUCCCUGGCGACUGGAGCACCAAACCCCAACAUGUUCCCUUUCAAGACUGCGGUUAUCACCAUAGACAACGGAAAGACCAUCCAAUUUGAUGAAGAGAUGAUGAAGAGGGCUCUGCAGUAUUCUCAGAGUGCCGGACUCCCAGAGCUGUUAUCCUGGCUAAAACAGUUACAAGUAAAAUUGCAUAAUCCUCCCACCAUCCAUUAUCCACCCAGCCAAGGACAAAUGGACAUGUGUGUCACAUGUGGCAGCCAAGAAGGUCUCUGUAAGGUAUUUGAAAUGAUCGUUAAUCCUGGAGAUAAUAUCCUCGUCAAUGAACCUAUUUAUUCAGGAACAAUUCAUGCUCUGCAACCCCUGGGCUGCAACAUAAUUAAUGUUUCCAGUGAUGAACACGGGAUUAUUCCAGACUCCCUCAGAGAAAUACUUUCCAAAUGGAAACCAGAAGAUUCAAAGAACCCCGAGAAAAACACCCCCAAAUUUCUUUAUACUGUCCCAAAUGGCAACAACCCUGCGGGGAACUCAUUAACAACUAACCGCAAAAAGGAAAUCUAUGAGCUCGCAAGAACAUAUGACUUCCUCAUCAUAGAAGACGAUCCUUACUAUUUUAUGCAGUUCAACAAGCCCUGGGCACCGACUUUUCUCUCCAUGGACGUUGAUGGGCGUGUCAUCCGAGCUGACUCUUUUUCCAAAGUCCUGUCUUCUGGGUUAAGAAUAGGGUUUAUAACUGGUCCAAAGCCCUUGAUUGAGAGAAUUGUUUUACACACAGAAGUUUCAACAAUGCACACCAGCACUUUCACCCAGCUCCUGGUAUCACAGCUUCUACACCAAUGGGGAGGAGAGGGCUUCCUGGCUCAUGUAGAGAGGGUUAUUGAUUUCUAUAGAAAGCAAAGGGAUGCAUUAUUGGCAGCUGCAGACAAGUGGUUAAGUGGUUUGGCAGAAUGGCAUGUUCCUACUGCUGGAAUGUUUUUAUGGGUUAAAAUUAAGGGCAUCGAUGAUGCAAGAAAACUAAUUGAAGAGAAAGCCUUUAAGAAAGAGAUAUUCAUGCUUCCUGGAUACAAUUUCUACCUUGAUAGUUCAGCUCCUUGCCCUUACUUCAGAGCAUCCUUCUCUUUAGCUUCUCCAGAGCAGAUGGACAUGGAUUACAGGAAACCAAGAAGCAAGUUCCUAAGAACUGUGUGUCGGGAACCCACAGAAGAGCCAUAAACUGAAGAGUCCAGUAAGUGUAAGAAGAAUGUAUACUUAUCCAUGGAGAUGGGUUGUCUCCGGGUGUGUUCUUGAUUGACUUGCUUUCUCAUGUCACUAAAUAUGCUUUUCAUAAGUUAUAUAUGCAUAGAGCUGGACAACUGAAACUAUACAGAAGGCAUGUGCAGGUGAGAGAGUAUAUGAAAAAAAUAAUUCCAGUUCUGGGAGAAAAUGAUGAUCUUGAGGGGAAAAGGAUUGGAAAAAUUUCCUGGGACUCUGAUAUGCUUCUGUCUACGUACAUUAGUGGACACGACGGCAUCUGACCCAGAUAAAACUGAGGUUAAUCCUGACCUUUCACUGUCUGAUCUCAACCUAAGAUGGAUACUCUUUGUUUAAAUUUCUAAAGUUAUGACAGGCUUUUCCUAAACAGCAUCCUAAUUUUAUUAAUUCUUCUCUCUGUUUGUUUUUAGGCCUUCCAGGGAUUAGCCCAAUUUAUAAAGGAAUCUUUAUGAAGAAAUCGAACUCUUCAUAGCACUCGGUUUUCAGAUAAAUUAUUUUUAUGUUUUAGCAGGAAGAAAUGAUUGUUGGUGUUAGACUUACAGGUUGAGUUUCACCAAACACGUCAUAUCUGUAGUAAUUUAACUAGACAACUUUUAAAGUGCUCUUGAACCCAUCAGAUUGCCAAAAUAUAUUUAUAAUCCACCUAUACAUGUUGAUAAAUUUUCAACCCCAUAAAGUAUUUUUACCCUGGAUUUUAUUGUAAAGAUUUUUGUAGUUGCUUUAUCAUUUCCCAUAAAUUUUCUUUGAAAAUAA